CUACUCGUUGAUUUCCGGUCGAUUCCCAAACAGACGCCAUUUUGUGUACGAGUAGGGGUGAGGGAACGGAGGACUCGUCCCGCGUGAAUAUUUCCUGAACCGCUGGUAUUAUUCAUUCAUCAGCAUGUCUGGUGACCACAGCGCCGAGGAGGGCUUCGUAAUCCGCGUGCGCGGCCUGCCCUGGUCGGCCACCGAGGACGACAUCAUCAAGUUUUUUGAUAAUGUGAACGUGAAGGGCGGCACGUCGGGCAUCUACCUGACGCUGUCGCGCGAGGGCCGGCCCAGCGGCGAGGCGUACGUCGAGCUCUGCUCGGAGGCCGACUUCGAGGCGGCCAAGAAGAAGCACAACUGCACCAUGGGACACCGCUACCUGGAGGUGUUCCGCUCCAAGCGCUCCGAGAUGGAGUGGGUGGUGAAGCGGUCCGGCAUGAACGCCGCCUCGUCCAUGGACGACGGCUGCGUCCGUCUACGCGGCCUGCCGUUCGGCUGCUCCAAGGAGGAGAUCGCCAACUUCUUCUCGGGGUUGGAGGUGGUUCCCAACGGGAUAACCAUUCCCCUGGACGGGCAGGGCCGCUCCUCGGGGGAGGCCUACGUCCAGUUUGUAAACAAGGAGGUGGCCGAGCGGGCGCUGGCGAAAAAUAAGGAGAAAAUCGGCCACAGGUACAUCGAGAUCUUCCGGAGCAGCCUGAACGAGAUCCGGGCGGCGCAGGGCGCCGGCAAGGUCCGUCCGCUGAUGAUGGCCCGGCCGACGCCGUACGACCGCGGAGACCGCUGGGGAGGCGGGCCCGGCCGCUACGGCGCCGGCGCGCGCGGCGGCGCUCGCAGAGGCUUCCAGGCCGACUACGAGGACUACUACGGCGAUGGCGGCGCUGGCGCCUGGGCCGGCAACGGCAUGGGCGGCGGCGGCGGCGGCGGCAUGGGCCGCGGCGGCGGCAUGCUGGGCGGCGCCAUGAAGGGCAUGGGCGGCGGCGGCGGCGCCGGCGGCAAGUCCUGGCAGAGCAUGACCGGGCACACCGUGCACAUGCGCGGUCUGCCCUACCGCAGCACCGAGUCCGACGUCAUUGACUUCUUCCGGCCGCUCAACCCCGUGCACGUGCACAUGCUGUUCGACGACAUGGGACGGCCGUCCGGCCAGGCCAACGUCGACUUCUCGUCGCACGAGGAGGCUGUCAAGGCCAUGUCCAAGGACAAGUCUCACAUGGCGCACCGCUACAUCGAGCUGUUCCUGAACAGCACGCCGGGCGGCAACUACGCGGCGCAGGCGGUGCCGCAGGCCGGGCCGGGCUUCGGCGCCGGCCUGGGCCGCGGCGGCUACGCCGGCGGACAGUGGCCGGUGACCGGCGACGGCGCCCAGGCCGACUACAGCGGAGCUGGCUUCAACCCGGCCGGCUACGGCGCCAUGGGCGGCUUCAAUGGCUCCUCCCAGAUGACUGGCAACAACUACAACUCCUUCAUGUAGACGCCGUCGGCCACGGUUUCGACCGGUUCGUGCAGACUGCGCCACCGGCGGUUAUAGGCGGCGCCACCGGCGGCAACUUUUGUUUUACUGGGCGCUGCCGACAGCUGGUGGUCGUAGCCACUUCCGUCUGGCCGGGCCGUGCGUGCCGCCGGCCCGCGCGCGCCGCCGGCUAGCCGCGCGCGGCGUCUCUCACGUGUCAUUCUCGUCCCAUCGCUCAUCCUCGUGCGGCCUCGACCUCAAAAUACAGGAGUGGAGAGCUG